AUGGUCCAUAAAGCAUGGAAGACGAUGCUGAAGCGGUGGAUUCGCGUCGUCUAUACGAUCACAACCGUAGAGAGGGAGGAGAGAUGGAGACAAUUCAAAGAGCACUACAAGGAGCCGAUUUUUGAACCUUUACUCCAAUAUCUACAGAGUGAAUGGCUAGACGACUGCCCUGAGUAUUUCCUUCAUGAAUACACCUCCGAAUACCUUCAUCUCAAUGAGAUUGCGACCUCUCGGACCGAGGGAGCUCACUGGCUGCUUAAGCAGGGCCUUCAAGUCUCAACUAAUGAUCUACUAGUGGUCCUUCGCACCUUUGAGAAUGCUGUAAAGCUUCAAUUUCAAAAGGCUACCGCUAAGAUCGAGAAUGAGAAGGUAAGAAGGCCUACUGAUAGUCGCUGGAAGCAGCUAUUCAGGCUAGUUCUUGGACGAAUUUCAGCCAAGGCGAUGGAGCAUACAAAAGACGUCUAUAACCGCUUCCUGCCAGCAAGUGACGAGAAGCCGCCGAUUCCUCCACUUUGCCGCUGUAAUUCGCUAGGUACGGCAGGGUUUCCAUGCAUUCAUCUCAUCAUACAGUACGAAGUGGAGAACAAGAGCUUUGAGCCUGAGUUAUUCCAUCAACACUGGCAUUUAUACAGUGUCUCUGCGCCUCCUAUUGACCCGCUACUCCUACUCCAGGAUCCUCUCCAAGUACGCCGGCGAGGACGCCCCCAAGGCGCUAGGAACUUCAUCGGCGGCGAAAGCACCCAAGCAAGCACCCAAGACACCUCCACCCAGCGAGAACCCUCCGGCUUCGAGCUCAUGCUAUCCCAGGAAGGUGGACGUGGACGUGGCCGUGGACGUGGCCGUGGCCGUGGCCGUGGACGUGGACGUGGAGGAACACAACAAGCCUCGCAGGGUGAUAACGGAGUGGGAAUAGCUUCGUCUACGGCCCAGGAAGCCCGUACGGCAUCGCCGGCGAGCAUUCCUCCUUCAUCUCAAGGGUCGGGAAUAGCUUCACCGGUCGCUCAGGACGCGAAUCGCCGGUCGGGCCGGAUCAGGAAGCGGCCAAAGCAUUACGAAUGGUAA